CAGAAUCGCUUGCUUGAGAUGCAGACGUGUUGACCACUGCGGCACUGUGCUGCUAAUCUGAAACUCGACUCCGUCGUAAACCGAGGACCGCUCGUAACUUGUUUUCAUUCAUGACGAUGAAGCGAGGACGAACGUUGCGCCUCUGACGCACGAGGCGGUCGUGCGUCCUGCGCGCGCGCGACACUCCCUCCUCCAUCCCUCACAGCGCGCUGCUCCACGUGCGCGCUCCCGCGAGCAAGCUGACCUGUUGGAAAUGUUGCGAGGAGCCUGCUAAAUCCGAGCGCUCCCCACGACGUCGAGUGGAAAAAAAGUGGACUCGUGCCGGGACAUAAGGAAAACGAGAGAGGAUUGAAUACUUCUUACGUAACCGAUUCACUGCCUUGAAGCAAGAGAUUCCCUGGCUAGGGCAGGAGCUGCCAUGCCAUUUGGUUGUCUGACGCUCGGGGAGAAGAAGGAUUACAACAAUCCCGCUGAAGUCACCGACAAGUAUGAUCUGGGACAAGUGGUUAAGUCAGAGGAGUUUUGCGAGAUGUUCCGAGCUAAGGAUAGGAACACACUGAAAAUGUACACCUGCAAAAAGUUCAACAAAAAGGACGGCAGGAACGUGAGGAAAGCGGCCAAGAAUGAAAUCAUGAUCCUCAAGAUGAUAAAACAUCAUAAUAUUCUCCAGCUGGUUGACGCUUUUGAAACAAAGAAGGAAUACUUUAUUUUUCUGGAACUAGCAACAGGCAGGGAGGUAUUUGACUGGAUUUUAGAUCAGGGCUACUAUUCGGAGAGGGACACCAGUAACGUGAUGAGGCAGGUGCUGGAGGCAGUAGCAUAUUUGCACUCUCUGAAUAUCGUCCACAGAAAUCUGAAGCUGGAGAACCUUGUGUACUUCAACCGCUUGAAACAUUCCAAAAUCGUUAUCAGUGACUUCCAGCUGGCAAAACUGGAAAACAGACUUAUUAAGGAUCCAUGCGGAACUCCGGAGUAUCUUGCUCCUGAGGUUGUUGGAAGGCAGAGAUAUGGAAGACCUGUGGAUUGCUGGGCAAUAGGAGUCAUUAUGUACAUACUCUUGUCCGGGAAUCCUCCAUUUUACGAUGACACCGACGAAGAUGACCCUGACAGUCGAGACAAAAACCUCUUCCUCAAGAUUUUGUCGGGGGACUACGAAUUUGACUCACCAUACUGGGAUGACAUUUCCGAUUCUGCCAAAACUUUAGUGGCAUCUUUGAUGGAGGUGGACCAAGACCAGCGACUGACUGCACAGGAGGCUAUCGCCCAUGAAUGGAUUUCUGGGAAUGCUGCUUCAGAUAAGAACAUCAAAGAUGGCGUUUGUGCGCAAAUAGAAAAGAACUUUGCCAAAGCCAAAUGGAAGAAAGCUGUCAGAGUUACCACUCUCAUGAAGAGGCUCCGGGCAUCCGAGCAGGGGGAUUCCGGAGUUUCCGGAACCGAUGCCGGAGCACCCUCAGGCACUGCUGCCGCUCCGGUAGCAGCAGGCGGUGGCCUUGGCCUUGCCGCCAGCCUAAAGGCAGCUCUUAGUGCAAACGCUCCCGACACACAGACUCCCGCCACGCCCAUGGAGCCUCAGCUGAGCACAGCCACAGCGGAGGAGAAGCCGGAGGAACGGUGCAAUGGUGAUGUUCUCUAAAAAAAAAAAAGAAGGAGCGGGAAUUAACGUACACAAAGAAGAUUCAUGAUCACUAACAAGCAAAUUAGCAGUACAGUCACGAUGGUUGGCAUAACCUUGUGGUGUUUAUGUUGUCCAACUAUCCCCUGAUUUCUCCUGUAAUGCAUUUCAUCAAUUUUGCCUUCUGUACUGAUUGUUCUGUAGUAUUUGCAACUCUCUUGUUACUUUGUGUGCAGGUCCCUUUAAAAAAUAUAUAUACAUGUAGUCCCAAGUAGCUUCACUUUUGUGCCCCCUUUUCUCUUUUGACUAACUGUACAAAUGUGAAGUGUCAUUUAGUGAAAUCAAUUUCAUGUUUGGUAAUCAACAGACUGUAUGUAUAUGUAAGUAGUGUGUAUUUGUUUCAAUCCAAUGGCUAGCGGUAAACUUCAGAUCAGAAUUCAUGCCGAGGAGAUUUUAUUUUUAGAAAUCAAAACACCUUAUCUAAAUGAAUAUGUAAGAAACCUAAUGCAGACAAUAGUAAGAUUGUUAGAAUUUGUCAUAUAUUUCUUAACCCUCCUGUUAAAUUUUGGGCCAACUUGAACUACUGUAUUUAAAAACAAAGACACAAAAAAAAAAAAAAAAACACGCUGAGUAGUCUUUCCUAUGUGCAAAUUUUGCUGACCUAAAUGUAAUCAUCAUAGAGUGCAGCUCGGAAUGGUUCAUUUCACUUAAUAGGAGGUUGAGUCAGUGAUUAGUUCUAAACAAUAUUGAUUGUAUUUUGUUUGAUCAUUUUUGGAUAAUUGAACAUGCUGCAGGUCAAAGUGACACAGAAACAUUAUUGAAGUCCCUGGAAAGUGGGAGGGGGGAGGAAUGGGGGGGCGUAAAUUAUGUUAUUUGAUGAAAUUGAUGCAAGUUAAAACAAUCAUUGCCAUCUGAAGGCAUGGCAUUCACUCUGCUGAGUUACUCUUCGUUUACAACAACAUAACAGGAGGGUUUAAAUGUUCUCGUCUUUUUAUUUUUCUCACUCAAAAUGAUCCUUCUCAAAAGCUAUGUAGUGGAAUAACAAUCAGACACCUGCCUAUCUGGCUACCUAGGUCUCAAGGCUGGAAAACGGGAUAAAUAUGUGUUGUUAAAUACAAUUAGUAGAAUAACAAUAGUAAGAGAGUAAAUUCAAUUUCCACCGCAAUUACGCAUGUCAAAUUGACAUUCCCCUAGUCACUUGUGUCUGAGAUAUUUCAUAACUUUCACACUCAAAAAACUUUUAAUCACAGUCAAAUGACAGCAAGAAUGCUUCUUUCCCCCUUUUUGUGAAAGUGCCUUAAUAUUCUUUGCAGUAAUGAAAUGUUUCAAAAGAAACAGCUCAAUUAAAAUGACCUAUUUAUUAUUUCUUUGAAAUGUUUUUAGCUGCUGCACUUACUCUUCUUUUUUAGAGUCACUUGGGCCGGUUUACAAAUAAAUAUUGUAUUCCCUCCUUUUUACCAAUGUUAUUGAGGUCAACUUGAGAAGAAAAAAAUAUUACACCAUAAAUGAAUGUCUUAAUCUUACGUGAAUAAUGUAGAUUUAAAAAAAAUUAAAAAUCAUGCAGUUUGAUCAAUUGUAAUUUUCCUGAGACUGAAGUCAUAAUUUUACAUGAGUAGUCUUACAUUUUUGAAAAAUAAGUCAUAUAUUCUAGAGGGAAAAAGUUUUACUUUUUUUUAACAUUAAGGUUGUAAUUUUACAAGAAAAUAGUACUAUUUUUUCAUCUAAAAAUUACUAUUUUUGAAGGGGGAAAUAAGAUAUUUUUGGCAGUUGCAUAUUUUUAACUUCAGUAAUCAUUAAAGUAGAAUAUUUUUUAAUUGGAUUGUUUUAAUAAUGUCAUAUUCCCAUGAAAAUAAAAUGAAUACAGUAUUUUGGCAGAUCAACAUCAGAUUGCAAUUUUAUUAAAUGAUUAUUGUCCACAGUUAUCUUUUCUUUGCUUUUUUUCACCAAGAAUUACAACUACUUUUGUAAUAUUCAGACUUACAUUGCAACUUUAAUCUAAAAAACUUUUUUUUAAUCUCAAAACUAUCAGACUUUAUUUCUCUAAAUAUACAAUUUGAUUAUCCUAUGUUAGUCUAUGAAUUAGAUGACUUUUAAAAAUAAACAUACUGUACAUGACUUUAUUGUCCUAAUAUUACGACUUAAAUAUCGAAAAUAUACAACUUCACUCUUCGUAACAUACUUACGAAGAGUGAAUUACAUACUCCAACAUCCAUUUUCUAAUCCGUUUAUCCUAACAAGGGUCGCGGGCAUACCGGUGUUUAUCCCCGACAACUGUGGGGAGUUGGCGGUGUACACCGGAGUACACCGAACUGGUUGCCAGCCAAUCGCAGGGCACACAUAGACGAACAACCAUGCGCGCUCACAAUCACACCUAGGGACAAUUUAGAGUGUUCCAUUAACCUGCCACGCACGUUUUUGGAAUGUGGGAAGAAACCGGAGUACCUGGAGAAAACCCAUGCAGGCCUGGGGAGAACAUGCAAACUCCACACAGGAAGGCCAGAGCAGGAAUCGAACCCUGCCUGCACCUCUGCACUGUGAGGCAGACGCGCCACCCUUAGAACAUUAAUCUCGAAAAUAUACAACUUCUUUCCCUCCGAAAAAAGUCAACUGAAUUCUCGCAAGAUUAAGACUAUUGUAGUCUACUCAUUAUUCUUUUCUUUCGUGUGUGUGCCCCUAAUUCUUCUUUGCACCAAUGUACACUUGUUUGAAAUUAAGAUUUUAUGUGAAGUAUUGCUUUAGCCGUUUUGCUGAUGUGUUAUUGAUCGUAGUUAAGUGCCGUUUAUUCAUUCCAGACGCUGUAUCUGUAUUAUCUGCAUUAUGUUGAUGUUUUUUGUGUGUACUAAGCGACAUUUAGCCGAGUUAGCAACUUGCUACACAACGCUUAUGAAAGAAUAAAAUUAGCAAUACUUGU